UUUUCGUCAUGUAUGCACUAAAACUCGAUGGAAGGAGAGGCGGCGGCCAGAAACAACGUUUUAUAAAGUAGGGGUGGGUCUGUGAGAAUCAGUCGUAACGGAACUGUCGUGAAUAUUAGUUGCAUUGGUUAUAUAACAACAUGGAGCUUAAAGUGUUACUAUUCUUUGGACUCGUUUCAAUUGCAUCUGCCUCGGUCAAACUCCGAGAAGUAUUUUCUUGGAACGUAUUAGAUUGGAACUAUCCAGAUCAGUACUCGAGGCAGCAAGCCCUUAGAACGGGGGCCUUGAUCCCCGAAAACGCUUUGCCAGUCGGUGUCGAGAGAUGGAAGAACAAACUCUUCGUUACUGUCCCAAGAUGGCGUGAGGGAAUCCCAGCUACGCUGAACUACAUACCUCUCGACGCUCCAUACGACCCGUCUCCGAAACUGAACCCCUACCCAAGUUUCGAAGGCAACGAAGUGGGAAACUGUCAAAGUGGAUUGAACACUGUCUACAGGAUCAAAGCCGAUCGCUGCGACCGUCUGUGGGUUUUAGACGUAGGCACAUACGGAUAUGAUCCCAACGUCACGAAUCUUUGCCCCUACACACUGAAUGUAUACGACCUUAACACUGACCAACGUAUUCGCAAAUACGUGUUCCGUCCUGAAGACAUUGUAUCCACGACAUUCAUCGCCAACAUUGCCCUUGACAUCGGAUCGAGUUGCGACGACGCAUUCGCGUAUUUCUCCGACGAACUUGGCUAUGGCCUGAUAGCCUACUCCUGGGAACAAAACAAAUCUUGGAGGUUCAGCCACAGUUACUUCAUGCCUGAUCCUCUCGUUGGAGAUUUUAACAUCGCCGGCCUCAACUUCCAAUGGGGUGCUGAGGGCAUCUUCGGCAUUACGACCUCUCCUAUUGGAUCUGAUGGAUAUAGAACACUUUACUUCACUCCAUUAUCAAGUCACACUGAAUUUGCAGUGUCGACUCGUAUAUUGAGAGAUGAAAGUAAAGUCAAAGGUUCUUACAAAGACUUUUCUGUUGUCGGAGUCCGCGGACCCGAUAGUCACACGACCGCCAAGGUAAUGGACGAUUCGGGCAUUCAAUUGUUCAGUUUGAUUGAUCAAAACGCUAUUGGAUGUUGGAGUUCGUCUUUGCCUUUUAAGCCGCAAAAUAUAGGCAUUAUUGAUAAAGACGAUGUAGGUUUAGUGUUUCCUAGCGAUGUGAAAAUUGAUGAGGAACGUAACGUUUGGGUAAUGUCGGACCGUAUGCCAGUAUUUCUUGAAGCUGAAUUAGAUUAUAGUGACAUUAACUUUAGAAUUUACACUGCACCUAUGGAUACGAUGGUUCAAGGGACCGUAUGUGAACGUUCCCCUCAGUACUUGCAGGGCAAACCACAGUCUAAACCUCAAAUUUCCACCUUUCCUCAACCAACAAUUGCGUAUUUCGAUUCCGGCUUGGGAGUUAGUUCUAGUAAACUCAACGCGCCAAUUUCGUUUUACACAUCUACUCCUUCAUACCAGUACGAUCCUCCAACUACUUACAGACCACAGGUAAUAAAGAAUACUGUUGCGAAAGUACAGAGCUAUGUCAAUAUUCCCAAACAAACUGCAGUUCCUUACAUUGCAGCUAGGGUUGCUAAACUUAAAUCGCCCGAAAACAAUCCUUGGUGGUUGCAAGACGGCAACUACCAGAUAUUCGAACAUUAAAUAUAUAUAAUGUCAAACGAAUAUAAUACGAAUGUAGAUUAAUUUGUUUUAUGUGUGUGUGUGUGUGUGUAUAUGUGUGUGUGUGUGUGUGUAUAUGUGUGUGUGUGUGUUAUUAAAGUAUCAGUAAAUAUAGAUUCAUAUAUCGGGAUAUAUUUUUGAUAUUUACCAUUAUACUCGUAACUGAAGUGCAUAUGCUAUUAAUGUAUAACUAAAUUCAUCUUAAUGUGUUCUAUUAUAGUAACACUUUGUAUAUUACUGUCGCCAUAGGUGAUAUAUUUUGUUUUUGCUUUAUGUAGUACAUCUAUGUGUAUAUUUGCGUGAUCAUUGUAUAAAAUGUUGCAGUUUUGUAUUGUGUGUGUUUAUUUAAUAUAUUGUUAAGGCGCAUAUUGUCUUUAUUAGAAUAUCCAUAAUAUAUUUCUUUUUCUAUUAUA